AUGGCCGGUGUUGAGACCCAGGUGGCGGUGGCGGCAGCCAGCGCAAACGCCGUCGCCAGCAACGUGGGUUCCGAAGACCAAGAGGCGUUGCAUGGAUGGCACCUGUCAAAGAAGGAGGCGGAGCACAUUUCGGAGAUGGCGGACAUGUACAAACAUUUGGGGAUCACCCCCUACCCUCCAGAGAUUGCACCAUUCAAGAUCGACCAAUCCCAUGGCAUGCUUGGGAACUACUUUCGAGCAUCCUUCCCCGUGACCCACAGUGACAUACACAUGCCAGACAGUCACAGUAUUGGCUUCCUCUGUAAGGAGGCAAACAGCCUGUCGGUGACGUUGCGCAACUACAAGCUGACGCAAAUUAAUGAGGACCACCCUGCAGACCGUCACUAUGGGUCUUCCUUGGUCGUGAAUGAGUUCCACCACUUUGCCAAGAAACUGGGGACCUUGAUGAACCCUGGCGACGACCUGCUGAUGGAAAUCACGCAGCGCGUGGGCUUGAUCGAAACCUUCAUCACGAGAUGUAACAUUGCGAUGCACAAGUACAGGCCAUUCCUGGCUAUCAUGGUUAAAGUCAAGGACGAACUUCAGCAGAUUCUCAGCAUCUGGCCCGCUUUCAAGACCCAGCAGAAGCUGCAAGAAAAGAUAAGAAAUGUGAAGCUUCACGUCGACGCCGCGCUGCUGAGACUACUUGGAUACUGCUUCUACGUUCUGAAAUGUGAGAAAGGGGACUUCGACUUUGACCCGAUGGAUUGGCACCCCGCCAUCCGUGAAAAAGAGAGCGUGCACGACAAGAUCAUGCACUGGCUUAUGCUGCAAGAAAACGUGUUCGACGCGUGCACGAAUCACAGCAUUGACCGCGAUAAGUGGGUCAAAGACCUGAUGGCUGUUGGGCACGAGGGGGAUGUGCUGCACCAGAUGAAUGAGGCAUGGACUGAUCCGGGCUCCAUGAGCGAGCCUGUACUCAUGAUUGGGGAUAUGAAGGGUGACGAAAGCGGCCUGCCUUCGAAUAUCUUCGCUGCGGAAACUGACAUGACCCCCGACUCCCGACGCGAAGCUAUUCAGCUCUGGCUGACACUGGUGCGGGAGGCAGUGGGGUUCGCAAUUGGAGCACAGAUGAUGGACAAAGCUUACACUCUCAGCUGCUUGGGGGGAGAGAUGCUGAUAGCGAAGAAGACGUCCAAGGACUUGGCGUUGAGCACGCUGAAAUUCGUGCGGAACCGACUGGCAGAG